AUGCUAGGGUCUUCAAAAUCGCUUCUACGUGCUUUAAACAGUGUCCUUGAAAACUGGAAAGAAGAUGAUAGCUGGCUUUCGUCCCCUUCGACAGAGAUCAAGGACCUAUAUAUCGUGAUUGAUGCCUAUAAUAAAAAGCAUAAUUCCCUUAGUUCCAUAAGCACCACUCUUAAUGAAUCUCUACGAUCCACCUAUGAAAACUAUAUUGAGAAAUCAGAGAGUCUCUCCAAAGAAAUUUUCUACCUUGAAAUUCUCACCAGACUUCUGCCUCUGUUGAACGCAGCUCAAAUUAAAUCCAGCUUGCAAACAUACUUACGCCCUGCUCUAGAUAGUGCUGGAUAUGAUUUGGUUUUCGUUGAAAAGGCCCGGCUGUUUUUUAAAAGUGUUGCUUUAGCUCCAAUGGGUUCAGACGAAGCUGUUUCACAUCAAAGGACACUAAACUCAUCUAUGGUCACGGAAUCUAUAUUGAAAAUAUACCUCAAAGACCCGGAAACACAGAAAAUAAUGGGAAUGUAUACACCAGAAAAGGAAAGGGAUACAGAAGCAUACGAAGAGAGAAUGCGGUUUGUGUUGGAAAACGCAUCAGAUUUUUUAAAUGAUUGGGGUUUGCAGAUGCCCAGGGAAUACUUCAAUUUGCUUGAUCAACACUUUUGCAUCGUUGCUCUGCGACAAAAAGUCUUGGUUUUGCUCUGCCAAAUACUCUCUCUGAACGUGUCUCAAUUACGAGUCAUUAUGGAUACUCCUUUGUUUUCAAAUGUACUUCGGUGUCUCCUAUUUGAUUUCAGCGAAUGCAUCCUAUCCGGUGCUCUUUUUGCUCUUUUAAUGUUACUCGGCAAAGUUUGCAAUCGAUUAUCUGAAUAUCUUCCAGAGCUAUUAGUGAUUUUUGGCAGGCUCAGCACAUGGAGAAAGUAUGAAAAAUUCCUUGAACACCGUGAAACAGCCCUUGCAAAGUACCUCGCCAUGCUGAAUACUCCAUGGAGCAUUGCUUACAGUGAUAAUGAGUCCCCAAUAGUUCAAACGGCUUUAAAUAAAGAUGGCGAGUUUGACUUACUGUAUCUUUUGAGCAUACUAUAUGGUCUUUAUCCGUCAAAUAUACUUCGUUUCACUAAACUGCCAGGGGCUUACUUGCGUGAUACUUCACCUUCAAUCUUGUCCUUGGAGUUUGUGAUUGAACUAGAAGAGACUUUACAGUUCACACAUUUUGCAUAUGUUAGUCAAAAUGCUAAAAGUCUCUUGAGAAGGGUCAUGUUGCAUCCCAAUAUUAUCAACGGUAUAUCUAUAGAAGAAGAGAUUGAAGAACCUAUACGGUGGAUCCUUGUCGAGAAUAGUGGUGAAGAUGUAACAGAAGAAGAUGUCAUUUCGGCGUGUUUACGAUUGAAUCCAGAUAUCUUCCUUUCGUUCCCAGAUUAUAUUGUUUCCACCAAAUCUGUUAUUCGCCAAUUCUCGCUGACCAAUAAAGGACACGAACCAAACAGAAAGGAGCCUUUUUUCCACAAGGACAAGUCUCACGUUAGUACAACUUUGCCUAACUCUGCUCGCCACUCCAUUGCUCUGAGCAACAGCGAAAAGUCCUCUUUUGGCUUAAAACUCGAACUACCAGCGCAGUGGCAGAACUUGGACCGCAAAUUAUCCAUUGUACCAACGGAUUUAGUGAUUGAACCUGAUGUUGGAGAAGUAGCCAAGGAAGAAUCGACAGGUAUUCAACUCAACAAGGUUCAUUUCAAUGGACAGCUGACACGUAAUCUGAAUGGUGACGGGGAAGACACAACAAAAGAAGAUGCACUUUCACCGCUUUUUAUGUCGCAUGAGAAGCUCUAUACUGGAAACGCACCUUCAAACACCAAUAUGCCAAUCAAUAUGGACAAUAAUUUCGCAGUUGGAAGUUUUCAAACAGUCUCAAAGUCUGCGUCGAAUCUAUUGACUGAACAAUUGAAAUGUGAAGGUUCACAGAACAAGCCAAAUAAGGAUUCACUGGAGAUAUCUAGUGUAGAGGAAAAACGUCCGGCUUCUCGCCUGGAGAAAACUAUUGAGUUUUACCAACGGGAGCUUUUGCUAAUGAAGAAUGAAAUGGAAUUUACUAGCUACAUGAAACACUUGAACAAAUACAGUUAUCUCAAGUUGAAGCUCAAACUCAAUCGGAUCGUGCAUGAGCUUUCUAAAAAGCCAAGCCUUGAAGAAACGGUUCCUGUCAAGGCAUAUAAUGAUCUUUUGGAUACUUUGAAGCAUUCAGAAAUUCGAAAUGUGCAAGCUUUGGAGCAUAAAGAUGAAGAAGUAGCCAAGUUACUCGGUCGGCUAGAUGAAAUUCAACUGCGUUGCGAGGAUUUACAACGUCGAUUGUCUGAAUCUGAGUCUGAGUUGACAAACUCUCGCAGCAUGAUUCAAAAAAUUCAGAGGGAUUGCUCUAUUCAUGAGGCGGAAGUGAAAGAUUUAAGAGUGAAAAUUCGAAACCUUUUGGAUUGUAAUGACUCGAAUGGAAAAGUGGAAACCAGCGAGAGAGAGGAACUUCCUGAAUCGUCGAAAGUCUUUGUUGACGUGAGUGAGAAAAAGAUUUUUGAUUUACAGAGGGAACUUGAUUUUUUAAAAGAGCAUAACCAAAGAUUUGCUAGUGAACUUCAAAAUUCUCGUCAGAUGCUUGAUGACGGCGAAAAGCGCUACAAAAAAGAGAUGGAAUUGGUGAAACUUGAUUUAGGCGAACAGUUGAGAAAAAGCGCUGGAAGCUAUGAACGAAAAAUUCAGGAACUCAACCUUGUGAUCGCUAAACUCGAGGCAUCCUUGGAGGAAAGGAAUUCUCACAUUAUACAAUUGUCAACAUCCAAGCCCAUUCGAAUCCCAACUGUAAGCGCUUCCAACAGCGUCGAGGAGCAAAGGACGAGGCCGGAGGUUUCUGCAGCAAAUGUGACCCAGGACUAUUUUAACCGUGGUCAUGAAGAUUCUGCAAACACUUCUCUGGCUUCUACGCCGCUGGGCAAUUUUGCAAAUAAGCACAGUUCGAGACAAUCCUCCACCCAGUCUUUCCCCACUAUUAAGGGCCGUGGUGGUUACCAGAAGCGGGUUAAAAAAGUCAUGUAA